CGAAAACACAAGUUGUACAGACCUCGACAACACAACACGUGAAUACUAUGUCGCGAUUAAGUGUUCUAGUGCGCAAAUGUAUCGUCGCGGGUUCUUACGCGGACCCGAAUAUCAAUCGCGAGAAAUAUUUAUCUCGCGUAUCGGAAAGCGACGACGCGGAAAACUAUAAUUUAUUUUAUAUCUUCGCUUGCGAAUGCAGCAGCAUGCUACUCGUGUUGCUGUUUAACAGCGGAAGACUUUGUAACGAUCGGAUCCAAGAAAUUGUGAGGGAAAUCCUCAUAAUCAGGCGUGAUUUCGGGGAGGAAAUGGAGGAUGUCUGGGGUAUGAUCGGGGUUGUACUCAACCAUACUAGCCCAGGAAAUUCGAACAAACAUGUGAUUUUCUCGCCUAUAAGAACGGUGGUAGAAGACGUUGAUAGCGACGUGGUUCGUAACGAAUCUCAUCAAACAUAA